AAGAGGGACCAGCACUGGAUGAGAUAAAAGCUGCUGAGGAGACAAUAGAGCCUAGUGCGGUUGCCAUAGUACAGGAGAACAGGACUGAAGCGGAAGGUCCACUCGCUGCUCAACUUUUAGCCAAUUUCGACCGCGAAGCGGCGGACAAGACGCAAAAGGAACUCGAAGCUGCGCAUGAAGGCGUGCGCGGUAACGACGUCAAGGCACGACAACAGGCGGCACGAAAACUAGCGAAUCUAGAACAGCACGACCGAGCAUUUAAGGAAGACGCUUUGGCUUUGAGCGAGUUGAUGCAGUCGCACGCAGACGACUCGGAUGAAGAGGCUAUGAGACACGACCCAGGAAGGAAAAGAGAAGCGUUUUUAACGGGUGCGAAGGAUAUGGGUGCGAGUCCGAGGGCCAUUCAACAACCGUUUUCGCCUGGGAGUGUGAACUAUGGUAUCGAGCUUGUCUCUUUGUCCUUUUAUUUUUCAGCUUUUUUUGUGACGCAUAGUAAACGCACAACUAUUUGGAACUCAUCCUUAAGACAAGUAAGCUUUUUUCCCCUCUACAUUUUUGAGUAAACUUCUUUCAUGCCAACAAACAAUACAGCUGACGUGAGACCCGAACUAUCUCCCGAUGCCUCGCCUGGUGGCGAGACGCAGAUGCUGUUACUGGCCAAGAAGGGCAACGAGGAGGCUGAAAACCAAUUAGCAAUUCAUGGGCAUACAACCGAGUUUGGCGAAAUCGUAGCUCGUGAUCAAGACGGCGGUUUACAGACUUUCGGCAACGAUGAUGGUCAACAAGGAGGACAGGUGCAACUCUACAAUGUUGAAACCCCAACCGAAGAACACAAAGGCUGGGACACGAAUGAGGGCAACCCUUACAUCGUGGGUAUGGGUCAAUAUGUGACCACGUAUCCCGUACAGGGAGAGCUUUGCCUGUACGAUGGUCGAGAUUUAAUUUAAGGCCUAUCAUGUGGUCCGGAACUCAUCGUCAGGAGCAUCUUCUUUGUCCCCCUUUUCUUCAAUAAGGCAAGAAAAUUGCGUGGUCAGAGAUCAUCUCUUCAAGAUCUGAUUUUGAGGUCGUAAGACCGUCUAAUUAGUGGAACGCUAUGAGCACCAUAGGAUACGGCAAGUCAUCGACUACGUCGCUAGAAGGUAUUUCAAGCAGCCAGAAAGGGAGAGGAAAGACCCAAGCUUUAAGGCUCCCGCUGAAGCAUCCUCAAUCUCAUCCUUGCUUCUUUUUCUACUUGAAAAAGAAGUUCAUCAUCCUUCCAAGGUCGGAUAUGAUUUUUUCUCUCAAAGAGGAAGAUGCGAAGACGCGGUACUAGCAGCUCUAAAAACUCUUCUUACCAUGAAGCAUUCGGCAGUUUGGAGAAGAUUUUAGCGGACCAGUUGGAACAGAUCUAUAUGGACCUAUGCAAUCUGUUGAAGAAGAUGUCCGACACCAUCCCUGACAUCAUGAAGUGUGAGCAACACGCUUUCGCGAAUUUCCGGAUUAACAGGGUGUCGGACAGUCACUACGACGAGAUAGUGGACAAAUUGCAUAGGGCUAGGUAUUCUUGGAACAACCACAUUGGACAAAUUGCAUAGUGGACAAAUUGCAUAUAGAGUUACAUUCUUGGAACAACAAAGACUUGUUUGUAACUUGUUGUACUUGUGACCACUAUAACUCUAACUUGUUGAUGUACUUGAUGUGACUACUUGCUCGCCCCCUUAUGAUUUUCGAGUAGGCGUCGAGACUAACAUUGAUUCUUCAACAAUGAUAUUUGUAGUUCCUCUCGAAUAAUUCGAAUAUCAUCCAAGGUACAACAACUUUUUUGAACCUUCCUAUACCAGGUACAACCUCUUCAAGCGCAAAGAGUAUGAAAUCGCCAACCAGUGGGAGAAGCCUUUUAGUGGACCGGUUUCUAAGUAUCGGCCACAGAGCGUCAAUUAUGCAGAGGAGUUAGGCAAUGACAACGAGUAUGUGUUGGAAUUCCGUGACGAAAUGAGUCGCCUUUACGCCUGCCACGUAACGGAGUUUAGCAAAACAGCGAGAAGGAGAUUGGCGAGAAUAGACAACUUGAUGGUGGGGAAAGCGAAUGCGCCACAGGUACACUUAAUUUAGAGGAGUUUGGGCGACCUGAAUGCCAGGUCUCACGUUUUGUUCGACUCGCUUCUCUCUUAGAAUAUCACUUUGGACCCUCACUGUAUAUCUUUCUCCACCGUUGCCUCUGGCAGGUAAAAUCCGUUCUCAAGUCUUUCGAUGUUCGACGUCUGCAAGAGAUCGAGGAGGGCAAAGAGGACAUGCUAAACGGGAUGGCAUUGCUCGGUGAUGGAGACCCCAACGUCUUAGCUUUUGGAUCUGAGCUUCUCUCCCCAAGAACAUUCCAGGACGCUUUUUAUCCGUGUGCAGAGAGGCAUCGAGAAGCUCUAUUGCAGCAGGAAGUAAGGCAUUUGACCACCGGUGAAAUCUUUGAGUCUGCAGAACAUCUGAACACACUUUUGAGUGCUUUGGAGAGACAGGCGCCCGCAUUGGAGAGGUGGGUCAGAAAAACCCGUACGGAGAUACCGGAGUUACGACAUCUAGUGCCGAAACCUAUUGCUCUGCACAAAGCGGAACUGUCGGCAACGGAAGCUACAGCAGGAAUGCCAUCGGGAUAUCAGAAUUUGGAGUUGAAGCCAGUGGAUGCUGCAGGCAGACAAGCGAAGGACGGAUUUGGAGCUGGUCUGGGUGGGCAUAUGUUAUGGCUGUUGUGAAAAGUUUGCAAGUUGAAGUUUGUCUAAAAACUUCUACGAUGUAAAUUACAACUUCUACGAAUUGAUGUCCACGGUGCUCGAUGUGCAGGAUCCAUAGCCUAUAACCUAAUCUUUUGAGAAGUGAAGAAGUUGAAGUUCAUUCAUAGACAAACAUCAUAAGAACCUAUAAAGAUAACUAUUAAAGCUCCUACAGACAGAGACUUUUCUGUCUGUGCGGCCGCAAAGAAACGUUCCCUCUCUAACCUUCGACCCCCGCAAGUGGAACGCCGAGUCCGGAGCCCCGCCGCAAAAGCCAGAUUACACUGCCACUCUCGCUAUGAUGGAGGAGCUGGCAGACGGCGUGGACAUGCCGCCCUUUCCGGGAUCGAACUUUGUGCUGCUGAGAAUCACUUUCCCAACCGCCGAUGCGGAGAUGGUUCAUAAGGGGCCACCGGAUAUCUUGAAACGAAGAUUUCAGAGAGUCUUUAAUCAGGUACUUGAUAUUAUGAUUAUAUUAUCUGGACAUAUAGCUUAAUCUGGACAUAUUCAAAAUAAUAGGGACAAUAUCUUGAUUAUAUUAUCUGGACAUAUAAUAGAUUAAUAGAAUGGCAUUUUUUUUAUAUCUCUCCUAGUUAGGACGUCGGCUCUACCAUUAUUAAUUGGGAGGUGGUCCAAUUCGCAAUUAUUGAUGUCUUCAGAAUGAUAAGAUUCAUAGUUCUUUGGUGUGAAAAGUAGGUAACAAGUCAUGUUGAGUUACAACAUCAACGAACUAUCUUCUACCAAGAAUCACAAGAAUGAAAACCCAAACACCUCCUUUGUCCAUGAUGAGGAAACAAACACGCAGGAGUAACCACUCGACACUACACAGGUCUGUUCCCGAUUUGUCGAGUUGCGCGACUUGACUGUCGUCGGCUUUUCGUCCAACCCCUUGAGUGUGAUUCUGAGGGUGGUGGAAACGGCGAAAGAAGCCGUGUUCGAGAAAUUGCAGAACGAUGUCUACGAAGCUCAUUCAGACAUGAUGGUGAGUCCGGUGAACAUGUUCCUAGUCAAUGCUAGGGUCAGUGUGACCACGGAAGACGAUGUUGUGUGGCUAGAGGGGGAGGCGGGACCGAAGGUACCUACAUGAAGAUCUGUUAAUAUGAUAUUUUUGUCCAUUGGGUGAAGAUGUUGAUGUUCUCGUAUUUGUAUUUGGUGUUGUUGAUUUCUUCUCGAUUGGACAACCACGUUUGGGCGAUUCAUUUUUCUGCCACCGUUACAAACACGAACUAAAUGCACCCACCAUUACUUACGACCUCUUGCUAGCUAAAUGAAUGAAUGAAUGUCAACAUUGUCACCCCUUACAGACCGUGAACGACCUCCGAUCGCAAGCAGGGAUGAUGGGCACUGAGGAGGCGAAAACUAGUCAGCCCUUUGACGUUGCACAGAGGACCCUAACUGCGGUUGAAGCACCCGAAGACAUGUCCAAAGCUUUAGUAGUAUCGUCUGAAGGUAAGAAACCAACUGCUCCAAGACUUCCGGGAGUAGACGCGAGUACGCAGACGGAAGCGGUAUAAUACACUUGCUUUGAUGGUUGUAUUUUUCAAAAUGUCGAUGUUGUUGUUUGCUUUCUGGGAAGUUGUUGGCUAUCGCUCUUAGUUAUUUUCAAUCUACAAUUACAAAGAAUCUUCUAACACGACAGGUUCGCAUUUUCGCUAUCGAUGACCCGAAGCUGAUGGAGAUUCAACGUCUAGAACGGCUAGAAAAGCAAAUCGAAGACAAUCGAGACGCUCCAAAAAUGAAGCCAUUGAAGGACUUGCUGAACCCUAAGAUGGAUCAGGAUAAUUUCAGGACUGCUACGGGGUUGUUGAUGCCUGAUACGAACAAACAAUUGGCGCAGAUCGACAAGCAAAUGCAAGAACGGUCGAGAUUGAAGCUGCCGUUUAUUAUGCGUUUGAGGUCGAAAUUGUUAUCGUGAAAUACUAGAGUUUGAUUUGUUGUGAUGAACAUGAACUUCUCAGAAUAGUACAUGAUGUGUAUCGUCUGUGUACUUAUAAAGCAUCACACUCAGUUUUUUUUCACCAAUCAGUUCUAUGUUGAACGUCAUUUUAAGUAUUUAAUAAUCAGCAUCAGGAUCAACAAAGAUGAAGUUGAAGAAAGCUCUAAGGGGCACGUCCAGUCCCUACUCGAUGAUAUGGCCAAGCGGGACCCGCCUCCGGUAAAAGUCGAAGCGGUGGACUUGCCGACGAAAGAGGAGCUCCGGAAUGGUGAGGUUUACUACACGUUGAAUCAGCGCAUCGAGGAGCGCGAACCCGGCACUCGUACCAGGUACCAGACGUUUGCGAAUUACGACUUGUACAAUAAGAAUGCUCUCUUUGAAGAGGCAGGGAGGUUGAGGAAGCCGGCUUUGGGGAAGUUUCAGUGCACCUACAAUCCCGUGAAACAACCAGCGGCGUUGAAAGUCAGAGAAGAAAUGCAGAAGAGUGGGGCAUUGAUGAGCGCGGGGAGUAGAAUUCUUGGAGGUGGUGGUGGGAAGUAAUUAUAAGAUUCUUGACUAUCUAAGGUUCAACAACUUAUAAGUUAAAUGUCCCACUUCUCCGAAGACGAGGAAGACAAGGAUUCUCCUUUUCUUCGGAUCGUUGUUGUACUUACUCUCUUCAGCUGCCUAUGACGAUCACCUUUUUGUUGCAUCUGCAACUUUUGGAGCACAAUGUUCGAGUUUUGAAGCACAAUGUUCGAAUUUAUUAUCCGCAACUUGUUUCAUUGAAGUUGAAGCACAUUUUACUGUCCUGUCCCUGAAAUUGAAUAUGUUGAAUCCGUAGCGAAUCUGUGAUCUUAAGUCAAGUUUUACAAUUUCACGAGUCGCGAUAGUGUGUAAUUUGUUGUUGUCUGGCUGUUGUCUGGCCCACGCAAAUGCCAAAACCUGGGUGAUCUAGCGAACGCUGCCAUCGAUAUGGAAUCCCAUGCCUUUCUUUCAUGUAACUUUAAUUCUUGCCUGUGUUCCACACAAGCACACACUAAAUGAUAAACAUCCCUAGAAAUAGCCUCUGUGAUGGCGGAAAUAGCCUCUGUUAAGGGGGAAAUGGCUCCAGUAGGGUUCUGGGCUAAAAGCUGCGCAGGCAGAGGAGAUAGUUGGCAACACUGGAAGCACGUUGCGCGUUUCCCAUUUUUCUCGUUAUUUUCUUGUGUGCAACCAAAAUUUGAUUCGGUUUUUGAGUCUGCACAUGUUGAAGGUUGACCAAGGGAGAAACAAAUAUGAGAGAGCUAUUGGAUUCUGACAAUAAUGAAAAUCAGUGCCAUUCGGUCUACUCCCUGAUGUCUGAAAAGUGACGUGGAGGGAAUAGCCUCUGUGAUGGGGGAAAUAG